AUGUCCACCGAAACAAUUACAACAAUCUCGCCCACAACCAACAAACCAAUCCUCACCCGCCAGGGCCCCUCAGACUCAGACCUCACCUCCAUCCCGCAGCGAGCACACAAAGCCUUUCUGAAAUACCGCAAAACACCUCUGGCCGACAGGAAGAAGAUAGUCAGCAAAGCCCUCGAACUCAUCAAUGACCGCCAAGAUGACCUGGCGAAAGAAAUCACAGAACAAAUGGGUCGUCCCAUCGCCUACACAGCCAAGGAAGUCACGACCGCCGUAGCACGAGGCGAAUACCUGGUCAAGAUUGCGGAGAAAGCACUUGAGGAUACGCCUGGAGAACCACAAGAGGGUUUCGAGAGUGUUAUUCUUAAGCCCUCACCUCAGACACCUACGAUUGCCGAGCAGGUCCACAAGAUUUUUGUCGAAGCCGGACUGGACGAGGAUGUAAUUCAAUACUUCCACUGCGGCGACUUUACCAAGAUCGAGAAAAUGGUCCAAGCGCCUGAAAUCUCCCUCGUCUGCUUCACCGGCUCCGUGCAAGGCGGUCUCGCUGUACAGAAAGCGGCGGCGGGAAGAGUAGAUUGCCGCGUCGGGCUCGAGCUCGGCGGAAAGGACCCAGCCUACGUCCGUUCAGACGUAGAUCUCGCCUGGGCAGCGGAUGAGAUCGUCGAUGGCGCCGUCUUCAACAGUGGCCAAUCCUGCUGCAGUAUCGAGCGCGUCUACGUCCACGCCAGCAUCCAUGACGACUUUGUCAAGGAAGUCCAAAAAGUCUUGGCGGGCUACAAACUAGGCGAUCCCAACGAAAAAGAUACAAACGUCGGGCCCGUGAUCAGUAAAGCCGCUAAAGCGCGGAUUCAGGACCAGAUCGACGAUGCGGUGAACAAAGGAGCGAAGAACGCAACGCCAGAGAACAAAUCCUUUGCCUCCCCUCCCAAGGAAGGCAACUACAUCCCUCCCGCCCUCCUCACCCAAGUCACGCACUCCAUGCAAAUCAUGCGCGACGAAACCUUCGGCCCCAUCAUCCCCAUCCAAUCCGUCGCCUCAGACUCCGAAGCCAUCGCCCUCAUGAACGAUUCGAAUUUCGGUCUUACAGCCUCCAUCUGGACGAGAGACAACGCCAAAGGCCAGGAACUCGCGCAAGAGGUUGAGGCGGGAACGGUGUUUGUCAAUCGAGCGGACUAUCCCGCACCGGAUUUGGCGUGGGUGGGGUGGAAGGAGAGUGGGAAGGGGCAGACGUUGAGUGCGUUUGGGUUUGAGCAAUUUUCCCGCUUGAAGAGUUUGCAUUUCAAGGAUUAUCCUACGCAAUAG